AUGGCGCUACUCUCAGGUCAAACUGCAUGGAUCGUGCUACCAUGCAUCCUCCUCUCUCUCUUCGCCGCCCGCCUCCUCCUCGAAGAAUCCGCAUCACCAGAAGAACGUGGUCUUAUGAUACUCGCUAAAGCAGCACUCGUCUUCUUCAUCACACUUGUUCUCGCCACCAGAGCAGCGAACUUCCUGUUCCAUCCCGCUCCGUCUCCAACACAGCCACCAAAUAGGAAUGUUCUGCUUAAGAAACGAAAGGUAUCCCCAGCAAUCGAGGAAGACGUACGUUCCUGGCGUGAAACCGACUCUCCGAAGCUACGUUGGAGCUCUGACUCAUCAGAUGAGGUAAAAGAGGAAGUGAAGCGCCGAAGGAAAGAGAAGAAGAAGAAGACUAGCAGAAAGAAAAAGGAGAGCGAUACUGACAAGUCUCUGAGAAAGAGCUUGUUCGAGAUGUUCAAGCCGAAAAGAUACGAGAUGCUUGGAAUGAGAAGGGAGACGGUUGAGGAAGUUGUAUGGGAAGACCCAUUGCUUUAG